UCAGCCACCGCGUUUCUGCUGCAUUGUACUCAUCACAGAUAUCAUGUAACAGGUGGAACAAGACGCGGAUGGGCACGCCCUGCCUGUGGCACAUUAGGCAGGUGUUGCCACAAUAAUGAUUAUGAGUGUACAGGAGAACGGCAAGGACUCAGGUCGGUCAUGUCUUCCCAGUUGGCUCAGCUGUGUCUCCUGCUCCUGCACACCGGAGCUCAUGGAUUUGGGAUAUUGCCAGGAAAGUCUCUCAGUCACCUGGAAAUCACCGAGAGUGCGAUUCUCAACGUCUCUGUGCAGGUGUGCCGCGCGCUGGCUCAAGCUGAAGGGACGGACUUCACUUUUCCUUCACAGCCUUUCACUGCGGAGGGUGUUGCCGUGGCCUGCAAUGCACCGAAAUCGUCCAAGACGUUCCGCCAGGCCAUCACAUCUGUCAUAUUACAGAACGUGCGGGUGGACCUCCGCCACGCCCUCAACGCAAGCUUCCACUUUGAUGAAGAGAUGUUUGUUCAAGGGAGGAAAAUCAUCACUGAGGGGCUGCAGGCGGUCAAAGCAAGCAACAAGCAGGAAAACUUUGAGGCAGCCCGGGAGAAACUAGGAGAGAUUCUACAUCCUUUACAGGAUUUCUACAGUCACAGCAACUGGGUGGAACUGGGGAACAAAGUCCCAAACUCCGAUCUGAUCAGAUCAGACACCAGCGUUGGCAACGUAGCAGACGUGAGCAGGGCAACGUGUCGGAACUGUGACGGGGACGACUGCAGGAACAACAUUCUGGAGGAUGUCAUAGCAGGGGGGAUACUCACCUCUGGGUACUUUGGUAUCGUGCCUUUGGUCUCAACCAAACCACAAGGAAAAUGCAGCCACGGAGGAGCAGUUGAUCAAACAAGUGCCAUCGAGCCCAAAGGUGGGAUCAACAAAGACUCGUUCGAUGCCAGUCACGGACACCUCCACACGGACGCGGCCAACAUGGCCAUAGCUGCAACCAGUCAGCUGCUCGACGACGUUCGAGGGGCUGCCGGUGACAGACCCUUCCUCCAGAUGAUGGGAAUCUCCAAAGGGUCCGGUAAAGCUCUUUGUUUUGUGAUCGACACGACAAAGAGCAUGAGCGAUGACAUCGAGGCGGUGAGGACAGUCACUUCCGCCAUAAUCAACACUAAAGUGGGAACGGAGGACGAGCCCUCGUUUUACAUUCUUGUGCCGUUCAGUGAUCCGGGAAUCGGGCCGCUGAUAAAGACCACAGACGCACAACUCUUCAGGGACGUCGUUAAUUCCCUCUCUGUAACUGGUGGAGGAGAUGACGAAGAACUGAGCCUCUCUGGGCUUCAGAUGGCUUUGAGUGGUGCGCCUGCCAACUCCGAGAUCUUCCUCUUCACCGAUGCACCUGCCAAAGACAAACAGCUGAGCGGCGCAGUGACCGCACUCAUCGAGCGAACCCAGACGGUGGUGAACUUCAUGAUCACUGACUCAACAGUGACCAAUCGCCGCCUGAGACGGAGCGACCGGACACAAGCCAGGACGAUGGCAGCCUCCGAUGCCCAGGUGUACGUUGACCUGGCUCAGGCCUCAGGAGGUCUGGCUAUCGAAGUCACAAAAAGUGAGCUGCCCGCGGCCACCAGCAUCAUAACAGAGUCGUCCAGCUCUUCCCUGGUGACGCUGCUGCAAGCAGCCAGGAGCCCAGGGAAGGCGGAUAAUUUCUUCUUCGUGGUAGAUGAAACGGUAACCAACCCCAGAGUUUACAUCACAGGGCGCUCCUACACUUUCACUCUCAUCAGCCCCAAAGGCGAAUCUCAGCAAAGCACUGACACAUCUGGGUCAUUGAUCACCGCAUCCCAGUCCGUGGGAAACUUCCAGACUCUGAAGCUAAAAAAGGAAGUUGGACAAUGGGAAAUGAGAAUGGUGUCCACUAAUCCCUACACUCUGAAGGUCAUAGGUCAGAGUCCUAUUGACUUCCUCUUUGACUUUGUGGAGGCAUCGCUGGGCCCGUUCACAGGAUACGAUGCUCUCGACACUCGUCCCCCAGCUGGUGUGAACGGUAGCUUGAUGGUGACUUUGACGGGGGUCGACUCGGGCACGCUGACGGAAGCCGCUCUAGUUGAAUCGACGGGGUCAAAGGAGACGAAAGGAGUUCUGGAGACACAGGGGAGAGGGAAAUAUUUAGUCCGGGUUGAGCAGAUACCGUCAGUGGAGUUUGUGGUGCGGGUGAAGGGGCAGGAUGGCAGCGCGACCGCCAGAGUAUUCCAAAGGCAAUCACCUACCAACUUCCAAGCCUCCAAUGUGACUAUCACCGCCGAUUCAAACACCGUCUUAGUGCCAGGAACACCGUUCUCUGUUCCCUUCUCUGUGAUGACCAACGGAAUAGGGGGGAAUUACACCAUCCGAGCCACCAACAACCAACGCUUUGACACGGCGUCUCCAACCCAGUUGUUCCUGGAACCUGGAAACAGCACAGGUGGCACAGUGAACCUCACAGCACCUCUCAACACCCCCUCCGGUACUGAUGUCACGCUGACCAUCGAGGCCGAGGCUCCGGGGGGCGCAGACACCAACUACGUCGUGCUACGAAUCUCUGUUCUUAAUACGGUGACCGAUUUCACCCAGCCAGAGUGUCAGCUGCUCGGCCUGGAGUCCAGCUGCCCUAAAAACUGCAGCCUCUCGACAUGGGCGCUCUCAGCGCGGGUGACUGAUGGGGAUGAAGGUGUUGGUGUUGAGCGCGUCAGCCUCAAACAAGGCAACGGCACGAUGAACACCAGCCUGGCCGCUGGCAACGGGAACGUGACGCUGGUGUCCUACAGGGCGUCUUGCUGCUCGCCUGAUAUGGAGCUCCUGGCGGUGGAUCGGGUGGGUAAUGUAGGCACCUGUUUCUACACACGGCGGGAGAGUUCACCCGCUGCCCUCUCUUCAAGCACCAGAGUCACCCAGUCACUCUCUCUUUGCCUGAGCAUGGUGGGACUCGUGCUCCACGUGACGACUGGGGGGAACAUUCAGUGAUUCCCCUCUCGGUGCUCUUGUCGUCACAUUUUGCAGUAGACGUAAGCAGUUGCUUUUGGGUCUGGUGGGUCCUGGAAAAGGCCUUCAGGGCAGGUUGGUCAUGGAGGUUUUCUCUUUUUUGUAAAGUUAGUGGCAACAACUGAUUAAUGCAGCUUUAAAUUACAACCUGAUUUUCAUCUUUAUGCAUUUUAAAGCGCAUUCCUUCUCUUACAAAGGUUGUUUUUUCUCUGUAAGAUUGGGCAUGACGGCUUCUCUGCUCCGCCUGUUGUUAAGUGAAUGUUUCGUUUUAUAAAUCCAACCGUCCAUUAUCUAUGCUGCCUAUCCUUUGAGGGUCUCGGGAAGCGGCGGCUGGAGCCAAUCCCAGUUGACUUUAGGCGUCACCCUGGACCCCGGCGCAAACAACUACACCAAACCUAGAUCCUAAAAUUCAUAAGGGUAAGCUGUGUUGCUUCCCUGAGAAGUAAAGACUGUGCAGAUGAUUUGCGUCGAACAGUGAGCUCUAACCUCCUUCACAUGCUCCUGGGUCCGACCAGUUUGCCUCUGACAUGUGAGGAGCUGUGAUGAUCCAGGAAAUGCUGGAACGACAGACGAGAAACAGCAGACAAGUUUUUCUUUAAAAAAAACAAAAACCCAAAACAAUUUUUUUUAUUCUUGUCAUAAUGUGUCUAAUGUUUGAUCCGUCACAGAAAAACAAAACGUUGCUUUUCACAUUUUGCUACAAGUUCAGCAAUCUUCCAUUUUCUCUGGUUUCCUUUAUCACUAUUUACAUUUUGAAAAGUUUUCAGAGGGGCUUAUUCAAACAAACUAGUCAUUGAUCAUCUGAUGCACGUUGAGAUACGUAUAUUGUGAUGUGUGUGUGUUUGGUGGUGGUGCGUGUGUUUGUAGGUAGUUUGGGGAGUUUUAAGAUGCCAAAAAAAACAAAAGAAAGCCUCCCAUCUUUGCUACUUUGACAUAGCCAUCGUUUUUUGACUCUCUAAGUGAUAUGUGUUGAUUUACUUUACAACUUUAUCACAACUUGCACAUGUCCCUCUAACCUACAGCCCCUUAGUCCACCUCUGCAAUCUCCUCGCGCUUGUCAAAUCACUUUGAAUGGUGUAAAUAUGUUAAAAUAUAUAUAUUUUUUGCCAAAGCAUUAAAGGUACAUCAUGUGAAAACUGGAAUGCGGAUUAGGGGGAAUCAACCACAAAACAAAUAUUAGAUAUGGGUGUAUUUUGUUCAGAUGUGUUGAACCGUCAAUUUGCAUUUGGAUUGUCCACAUUCCUGCCCGGACACAAUGGCACCUUUAAAGGGACAACACUGUUAAGAGUGUGGAGGAGACCGGUUCCUUGUCAAUGCAAAGGGGAAAACGCUUUUCUCAGGAAUUCAGACCAGUUCUUCAGGUGUGUUUACGUGCACUUCAGUCAGUGCCAUUGGCGUACUGGGACAGCUUAUUCUCCAAGUCACAGAUUCUCUUCUCCUGAGACAAAACUGUGGCCUUCAGAUUCUGAAACUCCUCCAACAACCUCUCGAGCAACUGAGGCUGGACGGGGGAGAAGAGGGGAGAGAAGGAAGAAACGGGGGGAAACAGAAGGAGAAAGGGCAAAAACAGACAGUGACAGGGAAGGGAAAAUGAAAAAGAGAGAGGAAAAAUAGGUCAAGGACAGUGAGCAACUAGAAAAAAUGAACAAAAAACAAAGAUGGGAGCUUUGGGUGAAUACAAAAGAGAGAGAGAGAGAGAGAUGUGGGUGGGUACGAAGGAAAAGAAAAAGGGUUAAACACAGACACAGAUGAUGUUAAGAGUAAUGGUGAGUUCAGACAGCGUCAGGCCACAAUGUGGAAGUAGAUCAGAAGAGACGAGUGGUUCCAAACAGUGGUUCACAUACAGCACAGAUAAGAUAAAGAAGUUACCGGCAGGCUGUUGGUGUCCAAAGUGGACAAGCUGCGUCGGGUGGUGGGUCUGGAGUCCAACACAUUCUUCUUUGCCACUUUGAGCUCUCGGCUCUUGGGAGGCACGUAGCCCUCCCUCAUGGACACCAGGAUUGGAUCCUCGUCGCGGCCGUCCAGCCACUCUUCGGCCUCCAUGGCGGGCUCAGGCCCUGCUGUGUCCGGGUACAGGUCGUCCUGGAAGAGGUCCGACUGUGCGAUAGGAUAAGAUAUCAUUCCUUUUUAUUUAUGUCUAGUUUGAAGGUUUUGAUAGCUGUGGAAGCCUACCAUUUAUUUCAGUGACUUAAUUGUUUUUCAGCAAAUUCUAUAAAAGACAAAAGAGGGA